CACCUCUGACGUAACGGCACAAUAAAGUAGUGCUAUAUAUCUGCUCGCUCACAGAAAUAUGAGAAAACAGUCUUGUCUUAGCCGGGGACGUUUAUACAUGGUUAUCCAUCACUUGGAAUACGGACGCUGAUAAGUCCCUCACCACAAUACAUUUUCAGAAAUGACCUGUGUUCAAAGUCAACAUGGAGUCCAGACCUAUGAGAGCUCCCUCUUCAGCUCAGAGUUUUUGAAUCCUGACUUCACCUCCAGGUUGGCCAUGGAUGUAACUGACCAGCUGGACCAGCUCUCCGCGCCCUCCCUGCCCAGCAUCACCUCUCUGGUCGGAGGCUACGUCGGCGAGUUUGAUACCUACUCAUGCCAGAUCGCAACAGGCGCUGCUUCUACCUGUGUGGGCGGCACCUCUGGGCAAGACUCGUUCAAGCUGGACGACCUCCAGGUGUACGGCUGUUACCCAGGAACGUUCGCUUUGAGUUACCUAGAUGAGACGCUGUCCUCUUCAGGUGGGUCAAACUGCUUCGGGAGUCCGGCGUCUGCACCGUCACCCUCUACCCCGGGGUUCCAGCCCAUGUCUACCUGGGAUAGCACCUUUGGUCCCUGCUCUCCCGAUGAGGGAUGCUGGGGAUCAGAGAAGCCUAUGAACCAGUCUGCCUCUUUCUUCACGUUCGGGCACGAUGAGCUUUCUCCACGUGGCUCGUUGCAGCCACAGAUUCAGGAGCAGGAUCCCUUUUCUCAGACCCCACAGCACAGUUCUCCACAUCCCUUCAGCCCCCUCGGCCUGGAGCAGGGCAGCCGGGAUGGCUCAGGAAUGAUGGACGGACACCUGUCUCCUAAAAUAAGGAGCCCCACAGGAAACGAGGGACGCUGCGCAGUGUGUGGAGACAACGCUUCCUGUCAGCAUUACGGGGUGCGAACCUGCGAAGGAUGCAAAGGCUUUUUCAAGCGCACGGUACAGAAAAACGCCAAGUACGUUUGCCUCUCCAACAAGGACUGCCCAGUGGACAAAAGGCGGCGAAACAGGUGCCAGUUCUGCCGCUUCCAAAAGUGCCUAGCUGUGGGGAUGGUGAAAGAAGUUGUGAGAACAGACAGCCUGAAAGGUAGAAGAGGUCGUCUGCCGUCCAAGCCAAAAGUCGUUCAGGACUCAUUGUCUGUCUCUUCACCUGUAAACAUCAUUGCCUCUCUCGUCACUGCCCAUAUGGACUCAAACCCUGCCAGUGGAACUCUAGACUAUUCAAAGUAUCAGGAAUCAGUAUCUGGAUUGUCUGAGAAGGAGGAUGCCAACGACAUACAGCAAUUUUAUGACCUGCUAACGGGUUCAAUGGAUGUGAUCAGGAAGUGGGCUGGAAACAUCCCUGGAUUCAGUGCCUUCUGUAAGGAGGACCAAGAACUUCUUCUUGAGUCAGCGUUUGUUGAGCUCUUCAUACUUCGGCUAGCUUACAGGUCAAACCCUGAGACAGACAAACUUAUUUUCUGCAACGGUGUGGUUUUGCACCGGACGCAGUGCGUACGAAGCUUCGGUGACUGGAUUGACUCAAUUAUGGAGUUCUCUCAGAGUUUACAUCGCUUGAACUUGGAUUUGUCGUCUUUCUCCUGUCUUGCCACACUGGUCAUAAUCACAGAUCGACACGGCCUGAAAGAGCCCAAACGGAUCGAAGACCUCCAAAACCGCCUGGUCACGUGUCUCAGAGACCACGUCUCCACAAGUGCCCCUGAGGCCACCCGGCCCAACUACCUGUCCCGACUCCUGAGCAAGCUUCCGGAGCUGAGAACACUGUGCACCCAGGGCCUCCAGCGAAUCUUCUAUCUUAAACUGGAAGACUUGGUGCCACCUCCACCCAUUGUGGAUAAAAUCUUCAUGGACACAUUGCCAUUCUGAAUGCACCAAAGAGAUUUUAUAAAUGGACAACCGUGGUGACUUAAACCGAUGAAAGAAAUGGAUAUGAGAUGUUUGGGGAACUCUUGAUGGUUUGGCUAGUCAAAGGACUGUAUCGCUUACUGUUCUCUGCUUUCUUGGAAUGGAAUCGGAGAAAGAUGACAUUCUACUUGCGCCUGCAUUUGGAAACCUUCAUCACAAUCUUCAACAAUGAACUCACUAACCGACACAUAAUGAGAAAUAUACAUUUGGUGGAACAUUUUGGUAACUCUAAACACACAUGGGUGCCUCAUUUAUAAAAUGUUGCAUAGAAACCAUCCUACAUUUGAUCUUACGAUCAUUUCUCAAAUGAUGCGUACAGUACGUGAUUCAGAGAACGAAUGUAUGCACAAAAAAACAUGCGUGCACCUCUUUUCAAGAUGUGAAAUUUAUAAAUCGCAAAUGAUCUUGAAACUGUGUGCAGCUGAAUAGCUUCAGAUGAACGUCCAAAUGCUUUACUUGAGAGAAUGGUGAGCAGCAAUAAUUGCUUAGAUUUCCAAAUACCUGCAGUACUGCGACUCUCUGCCACGAGGAAAAGCGCGUACAUCUGCUCAGACCCUGAAGUGGUGCUAAGCACUUUUCCACGUCAAACACCGUUUUUAUAAAUAUGAAUGUUGGCGUGGAUUUUAGCGUACGCACACUCUAAGUUCAAAUCUGUGCAUACGCACGUUUUAGAAAUGAGGCCCCAUGGAAUUUUAAAUCUUUGCAUAUUUUAAGCUGAAUUGAUAGCUUGAGUCAGUAGCAUUUCAUGUCAGUGGAGCAAAUCAAGAAGCUCAAAUGCUCUACAUGUGACUUCCGAAUGAAAGACAUGAUAUUCCCAUCAGUAUUACAGCUAUAUUCAGAGGGCAUAUUCCAAAUAGAAAGCAUCCAAGAAUCCAGUGCUCAUUUUCCAACUUCAAGUUAGAAUAGCCAUGGACCAAAAAGCUUGGAUGCUUGAAGAUCAGACAAAGCCUUAAAUACUCUCAAGUGCCCAAGCAUUAUCUCCCUUGAACAUGCUCAAAAACAUGCACCAUAGUGCUUACACUGAAAACAGAGAUACACUGAUACACAUGAGUACAGGACUGAUGUGACUGCAUUCGAGGACUGUGGUACACUUGUGUAAUAAAAACUUUAGCAUAUAAGUGUAUUUUAAGAGUCAGUAGUUUAUACAUAAAGGCAGUUCAUGAAUAUGUUCUCAAGAGAUCCAGUGCAGCUACUGUACAUGUACCACGUACAGCCUCUUACAUGCAAAUACUUUGAGUAUUAUUACAGAUGCCUGACAUAGUGUACCUGUCAAACCUUAGAGUAAUUAUAUUUGUAUGUAUAUAUUUUAAGUAUGUAUAGAUAUGGCUAGAGCUCCUCCAGACUGUAAUUCUUUUUCUCAUAAUGACAAAAUCAAGAUCGGGCAUUCUGAAUUUUUUUUACAUAAAUGAGAGGUAUUGCUUAUCUUUCACUGAUUUUGUGCAGCUCUCUACAUAAAAUAAAUUUUGAACAAAAAUCA